AUGGGCAAUUGGCACAGCCAUUUCCCGUGUAAACAGGAAGCACACGGUAUGAGAGAGAGCAGACACUGGCCUUACGUGGUGUUCUGUGAUAAAAAUGGACAUUCUGAAAGCGGAGAUAGCCAGGAAGAGGAAGCAGCUGGAGGAUAAUGAGCUGCUGGGGGAAAAUAAGAAGUUCUUUAAGCGUAGUGAACUUGCUGAAAAAGAAAAGAAAGCAUACCUUGAAAGAUGUGGAUACAAGCCUUUAAGUGAGAAGCCAACACAAAAGCAACAGAAGCAAGAAGAGGAAGAGCAGCCUUCUUCAUCAAGCAAUCCUGUGUUGGAGCUAGAGCUGGCAGAGGAGAAGUUACCUAUGACUCUGUCAAGGCAGGAAGUGAUACGUAGACUGCGUGAAAGAGGUGAACCAAUUCGACUUUAUGGGGAAACUGAUUAUGAUAGCUUCCAGCGCUUGAGGAAAAUAGAGAUUCUUGCUCCAGAAGUGAACAAGGGCUUACGAAAUGACUUGAAGGCUGCUCUGGAUAAGAUUGACCAGCAGUAUCUUCAUGAGAUUGUAGCUGGUCAAGAACAGACAGAAGAAGAUACACAGAAUGACCUGAAAGUCCAUGAGGAAAAUACUACAAUUGAGGAGCUGGAGGCUUUGGGAGAGUGUCUUGGACAAGGAGAUGACAACAAAGAUAUGGAUACCAUUAAUAAAGUCUUAAAGUUUCUACUAGGUGUUUGGGCAAAGGAGUUGAAUGCAAGAGAUGACUAUGUAAAACGCAGCGUGCAUGGUAAACUGGCAAGUGCCACACAGAAGCAAACCGAAUCAUAUUUGAAACCGCUUUUUAGAAAAUUGCGCAAAAAGAACCUUCCAGCAGAUAUAAAAGAAUCAAUGACAGAUAUAAUAAAAUACGUGUUACAAAGAGAAUAUGUAAAGGCAAAUGAUGCCUAUCUUCAGAUGGCAAUUGGCAAUGCCCCUUGGCCUAUUGGUGUAACCAUGGUUGGUAUCCACGCUCGUACUGGUCGUGAAAAGAUUUUCUCCAAACACGUAGCCCAUGUUUUGAAUGAUGAAACGCAAAGAAAAUACAUUCAGGGUUUGAAAAGGCUAAUGACAGUUUGCCAGAAGUAUUUUUCCACUGACCCCUCAAAGUGUGUGGAAUACAACGCGUGUUAGAGACAUUUUACCCUUCUAGCCACGUCUUGUUUUCAAAUACAACAAUUGCCUAAACAGCAGCUCUGAUGGAUGAAUUUCUGUUUUAUAGAGAUACCUCCUAUCUUAAAUUUUCAUUUAGUAUACCUCCAAUUUUGCAUCUUCAUUCAGUAACGCACCGUAAUGUUACAUGAUUAUUUCUAUAAUAACAAUUCUUUCUUGUGUGUAUUUGCUUUUACUUUAAGGUUGUGUAUACAAUAAACAGAUUUUAAAUUCAA